CACAGAACGAACAUAAUGCCUUGGGGUAUCACAGCUGAAGACAUGGCGCGGUUGGCUGCCAUCGACACGUCUAAUCCGCCUCUACAGCCACUUCCUCAAAUUUCUCGCUCGGUCGAUAAGGAGACAUGGCAUACCGAUUUCACUCGAUGGGCCGAAACCUGUCAAGAUCUCGUCGAUACUCUUCACGCCAGAGAGCUCAGGCACAUCAUCGAGGCGGCAAGCCCGAACAAUAUCGAUCACCGUCUUGACAUGCUUGCCAGGAUCUAUCAGCACGUCGACUCUAACCAGGCAACCAUCGAGGCUCUUACAGACAUGAUUGAGGUUUUGGAGACCGAGAUCGGAUAUCUGGAAGAGCACAUUGGUAAGUCCAUUUCCGAGUUCGUCUUUUCAUCCCCCAAACUUGUCGACGAGUACAUAACGCUGGAGAGACAUGCACGCAAUACUACGUCGUCAGCGGCUCAUAUAGCCGCGAUCAUGACCUGGUAUCACGACUGGCCCGCCGGCUUCGCCUUCUUGCUGCGCAUCCACGCUGUUCACAUCCGCAGAGUCGAUAAUCUCAAAUCGAAACGUGACCUCAUUUCCUCUGGCUGUCUCGACUUCAAGCAAUUCCCUAAAGUUUGGUCUGUCCUGCUCUGGGACGACAAUUCAUGCGGUCUCGCUGACUUUCGCCCACCCAGACUAACCAAGGCCACUUCUGAUCAGGCUCUUCAAAAUCGUCGUUAUUCGGCUCUUGCCCGUCUUGCUAUCGGUAGGGCAGGUAUCAGCGACUUUCUCGCUCCUAGUUACGUCGACACUUGGUAUCACAGUUUCCGCAGGUGGCUGGACCACACUAGAUGGAUCGAUGUUGGUAAAGAUCUUGAAGUGAUGCAUCAUCGCUGGACUGCUGAAGCUGAAUACCAAGGUCCGCGUGUCUUGACCACUAAGCAUGCCUGCUUCUACUUGUCAAAGGACAAACGUAUACUCCGCGAGUUUGGAGAGUUCAACCUUCCCGUCAACCACACUCCCCUCUGUGUUGAGAUUGAUUGA